UAGCUCAAGAUUUUUCCUAAUUUUCACUUAACUUCAAAAAACUAACCUCUUGCUUAGCUUCCAAGCCACUCUUUUCUUUCAAAUUUUUGGCAGAGAUGACGGGGGCUUUGUUCCUUAAUUCUCUCUCGAUAUCUCCAAAUAAAUCAGUAAAAAUUAUUCGAAAAUGUGAGCCCAAUUUGAGGAGGAAGACAAGUGCUUGUGUUGUUUCUUCAGUUUUGGUUAACAAAGAUCAUAAUAAUAGCAAUAAAAAUAAUGCAGCCGUUAUGGAUGCUGGAAGCUUGGUUUUGUCUGCCAAUGGAAAUGGCCAAACUGAGCUUGCUGUUAAGGAUUUGGUGCCUUAUAAAAAUGGUACUGCUGCUUCUUCUCUUGUGGAGUUGCAGAAUGGGAUUGGUAUUGUCAAGUUUCUUAGAGGAAAAGGCUUCUUUGUUACUGGGGCAACUGGGUUUCUGGCAAAAGUUUUUAUAGAGAAAAUACUAAGAACAGUGCCUGAUGUUGGAAAGAUAUUUGUGUUGAUCAAGGCUAAAAAUGAAGCUGCUGCAAUGGAAAGACUGAAAAGUGAAAUAAUUAAUUCAGAGCUGUUCAAGUGUCUUCAACAAACCUAUGGAAAAUCCUACCAAGCUUUCAUGUUGAACAAGCUGGUCCCUGUAGUAGGAAAUGUUUCUGACUCCAAUCUUGGAUUAGAUGGGGACUUUGCUGAUAUGAUUUUAAAAGAAGUGGACAUAAUUGUAAAUUCCGCCGCUAAUACAACAUUCGAUGAAAGGUACGAUGUUGCAAUUGAUAUAAACACAAGAGGGCCUUGCCAUCUAAUGGAAUUUGCAAAGAAGUGCAAGAAACUUAAGCUCUUUGUGCAAGUUUCAACAGCUUAUGUAAAUGGGCAAAGACAAGGAAUAAUAAUGGAGAAGGCAUUCAAUAUGGGAGAUAGCAUAGCAAGAGAAAAUGUUACCUCCAAGGCUACUGCAACAGCAAGAUUUGUACCAGCCCUGGAUGUUGAAAAUGAAAUAAACAUGGCUCUGAAAUAUUCCAAGCAAAUCUCUCAAGACAGUGAAGUAGCCCAAAAGAUGAAGAAAUUAGGUUUAGAAAGGGCAAGAAAAUAUGGGUGGCAAGACACCUAUGUGUUUACAAAGGCUAUGGGAGAGAUGAUCAUUAAUAACAGGAGAGGUGACAUUCCAGUGGUGAUUAUUCGGCCUAGUGUUAUUGAAAGUACUUUCAAAGAGCCAUUCCCGGGAUGGAUGGAAGGAAAUAGGAUGAUGGAUCCCAUAGUUUUAUACUACGGAAAAGGGCAGCUCACAGGGUUUCUAGUUGACCCAAAUGGGAUACUUGAUGUAGUCCCUGCUGAUAUGGUUGUUAAUGCGACAUUGGCAGCCAUAGCAUGGCAUGGAAUGAUUCAAAAACCAGAUAUAAAAGUCUAUCAAGUUGCUUCAUCUGUUGUGAAUCCACUAGUUUUCCAAGAUCUUGCUAGGCUUCUCUAUGCGCACUACAAUUCCUCACCAUGUGUAGACUCAAAGGGCAGGCCAAUUCAUGUUCCUUCAAUGAAGCUCUUCAGCUCCAUGGAAGAUUUCUCCACUCAUCUUUGGAGAGAUGCUGCAGAGCGAAUUGGGGUAACAGCCAUGGGCUCAGUGAAUGAGAAACUGUCUCAGAAACUUGAAAUUAUUUGCAGAAAGUCAGUCGAACAAGCUAAGUACUUGGCUAGUAUAUAUGAGCCAUACACAUUUUAUGGAGGAAGGUUUGAUAAUAGCAAUACACAGAGAUUAAUGGAUAACAUGUCAGAAGAAGAGAAAAGAAGUUUCGGAUUUGAUAUGAGGAGCAUAGACUGGAAAGAUUACAUAACAAACGUUCAUGUACCAGGCUUAAGGAGGCAUGUCAUGAAGGGAAGAGGGAUGUGUAGCUAAAUUUCUAUGCAGCUUGUUUAAUAAAUUAAUUAACUAAUUAUCACCCGUUAGGCAGAGUACUUUCCAGUAAUUGUAAUAAGUAAAUGCUCUUAGUUUCUAUAUUUUCCUUUAAAAUCCUAUAUAGGCAGACAAAAAACUGUUUCCCUUUCAUAUAGUAUCCGGUGUUGUUCC